AUGAGGCUGGACCUGGCAGAGCCGGCCCCGCAGGGCCAGCAGGAAAGCCCGUCUUCAAGGAAGCGGGAAGCAGGUGACGGGGUCGGUGAACGCUCCCCCUUUGGAUGGUUCAGGAGCACAAGGCGUAACUUCCUAGCUCCUUCCCACAGGGAAAGACACGGGGAGCCGGGUGCGACCAGGCCUGGGGCGUGUGGCCCCGAGAGCCCGCUGGGGGCUAAGGAGGACGGGGGGCGGGAAAGCCACGUGGCUGCGGAGCAGCUGAAAGGCGUCGGGGCGACUGAGGAACGGAGGCUGACGGGGUUUACUGCGAGCCACAUCCAACUGGCCACAACUUCCGGGCAGACCCGAGCAGCAGCAGCCACCCUGGACGGGGCCACGGCACCCUGGGAGUGCCGGCAGGGACAGACAUGCCCGCCAACAAGCCCGUCCCUCACCCUGCGGUGCUGCUUCCUCUUCGAGGAGCAGGGCGGGCUGGCUCGGGAAAUGGGAGAUGUCCGGGAACCCCGGCCUGCUGGGGCCACGGCGGGAGGGGCGGUGGAGGAGGAAAAGGACCUUGCUCCCCAUGAUUUUGCUCCACGGACAUCAAACCCCAGCAGCCCUGCUGUGAGGCACCAAGGAAAUCACCCCCAGCCCGAGGUGCCAGAGGACGGCGAGGCUGGGGCUCAGCGACCUCCCCCAACCCCCGAGAACCAGCCCCAGCCGCGGGUCCCCUCGGCCCGGCCCGCCCGGUCCCGCAGUUGCCCCGGCGACGGGGAGAGGGUCCCGGGGCCGAGGCCUCCCCGCGCCCCCGCCCCGCCGGGAACUUUCCUGCCCGAAGUUUCCCCGCCCGCCGCCCGGCCCAGGCCCAGGCCCGCGGCGCGCCCGCCCGAGCCCGGGGUCCGCGGGGUCCGCGCGGGGCUGCAGGUGGGCCCCGGCCGCCACGCCGCGCCCCCGGCCCGCGGCCCAGGCCCGGCCGGCCCGCCGGUGCCAGGGGGCCCUUCCUGGGUGACGCGGGCGGCGGGCGGCGGGCGGGGGGCCGGGCGCCCGGGGCGGCGCGGGCGGGGGUCGCGGGGGGUCGCGGCGGGCGCUCACCUGGACGCGGGGUCCCCUCGGGCGCCCGCCGCGCCGCUCUUGCCCGCCCCCCGCCCCUCCCCUCCCCUCCCCUCGGGCCUUGCGACCCGCUUGACACCGAGGCGGAAGUGCGGGCCGGCCGCCUCGCCCGACCGACAGGCCGUCCCGCCACUCGCGGGGCCCGGCGCCGUCGCGUCGGCGGCCGCUGGCCCAAUCACCGCCCGGCCCGGGGGCCGCGCAGGGAGGCGGGACUAUGCUAAUCGUCUCGCUGAAGCGAUACUGCCCCGGCGGCGCAGGGAGCAGAGGGAGGGGAAGGGCGUGGCUGGAGAGGCGAGUUUACAAACAGUGAGGCAGGUGGCCCGGCGCGGGGACGCUCUCUGCCGGCCGCGAGCCCAGCCCUCGGCUCGGGGGAUCUGGAGGUGGUGGGAGGAGCUGCGAGCGCCCCGGCUCCCAGGCGCCCUCAGCGCGAGAAUCCUCCCGGGCUCCCCCUCGUCCCAGCAGUACCGAACGCCGGCCGUCCUCCCCGGAUCCGGCUGCACUUCCCUCCCCAGCUGCGUCCCGGACCAUUUGUCUCCCGUUUCAAACCGCGUGGCGGCUCCCGUUGGCCUGCGCUUCACCCCUGCCAGCCCUGGGCUUAGCCAGCCUCUCGGCGCCCCGGGCACCCGGACCUCCCUCCGGAGACCCGGCUGCCCCUCGUUCCACGGGAGGCCUGGGUCUGGUUUGGGCGCGAGGCUGCGCGACCCAGGCUGGCUACUCAGAGGCUCAGGAGGCUCGGAGAGCUCAGGCCAGAGGGAGGCCCAGGCCGAAUGUCCCCCGUCCACCAAGACCCCCCAGGACUGGCCCUCCCUGGGCCCCUGCCCGCCGGCCUGGAACGGCUCUCCUGCCUCCCCAGAGGAGGGGCCUCCAGUGGGGCCGUGGGCGCUGCGGACGGGAGCAGGCCCGGGUCACCUCUGCAGAAGCUCGGGGCCUUCUGUAAUUACUGGGGCGCGCGUGAGUGAAGGGGGAGCCUGUGUGUCGGGGUGGGCCCAGGAAACCACUGCACCCCGCCGCAGGGGCUGGUCCCCACUGCCUGGUGGGCCCAGUGUCGGCCGAGCCCGGGACGUGCAGGGACUGAAAAGGAGCUCUCCAGCCGCUCCUGAAGGAAGACUGGGAGGGAGGCAGGACCCGGCCUCCGAAACAAAGGCGUUGCCAUGGUUACCGCUGAAGAAGGCGAUUCCAGCCGCCGGUGAAGGAAGGGUGUGGCGCAGGCCCCAGCCAGGGCCGGGGAGGCCGGUUGCCACGGAGACGGCCUGGCGCACUGUGUCCCUCAUUGGGCCGGCCCGGGCCCAGCGCACGGCCCCAGAAGCCCUCCCUCGCCGUCCCUCCCCCCGACAAAUCUCAGAGACCGUGACCCCCUGCGAGGACAUGGGGCGAGGCACCCCUAUCGGGGCUCGCAGGGUCCACACUCAGGAGCGGCUGGCAUGGCUGCCCCGGGAGCAGUGGCACCGCAGCCUGCGCCCCACCAUGGGCCCCAGCCUGGCGCAGCACCUGGGCGCCUCGGCGUUGAGCCUGGACACAGCGGGAGCAGCCAAGGCCCUGCAGGUGGGCACAAGGGUCCCUCGGGCAGCAGGCCAGGGGCAGGCAGUGGCCCGAGGACCUGUCCUGAGUCUGAGAGAGGUGCCCACGGGGCCAGGCUCUGUCUCCUUCUUCUGGAAGUGGCCCCCUCAUCCCCCUGCUAAGGGGUUCACCCACAUCCCCAGUGCCCUGGCCACCCUGAAGGCCCCACACCUACCCAGCCGGCUCCCACGGGGCCCUGACUGUCACCCCGGCCCACCUCUGCCCCCUCCCAGCCUCCCACACCGGCCAGGGUGGCAGAGUGGAUCGCCCAGGCCCAGCCCCCUGCAUGGCAUUGUCACCAGUCACACGCUAGGGCCUGUCACCCCCCUGUCAUCUCAGGAGGGGCCCAGCAGGGGGCUGGGGUCAGGCACUCCUGAAAGGAAGGACCCCCAGGCAUUUGGCAUGCACUGCCCAGAGCCUGAUUCAGUGCUGAGGUCCUCCAGAGGCCCCGGCCUGGGGCUUGGCUCAGGGUCCCCCAAGCGGCACUGCCCUGUGACCUCCCCUGGGUACAGCCACUGCAGGCCCCCUCGACGGUCCUGGAGCUGA